GCUGUAGUUGUCAGUUAACCAGUUACUGUAUACUACCGCUGACAAAGUACAAUUACCAACAGAAUAUAUGUUGUCUAGCCAAGCGGAACGCAACAAAAGUAUUUAUCUGUUUUAUUUUCUAAAAAAAACCCAGAGGAUUGUCUGCUUGACAUACUUGACAAAGCGAAACUUCGUAAACUUUGUGACGUCACAUGAACUCUCGAUCGCUGCACGUGUUGACUGCGGAGUGUGUGUCAGUGAUUUCAACUCGACUAAUUGGUGUCUUUUUAAUUGGAUUACAAAUGUGUAUCCGGAGGGAAGGAUAAACUCUUAAUAUUUGCGGUAGAGAGGUAAGACUUUAAAUUCCGCAGUGUCUAGUUUGUUCGUCUCUAAACCUUUCAAUAAGAAGUGUGUACAUGAACAUUCCGCAGAGGCAAUCAGCUGUGUAUCUCAAUUGACAAGCAAUUUGUUAACGAAUUUCAGGGCCCAUCUUUUAUCGGCACGCGACUUCCGUUUACUUCCUUACUCAAUAACCACACGCGACUGUCUAAACUGACACCAGGUGGGAAAGCAGACGGACCGAGUUUGACUUUCACUCAAUGUUUACCUGGAGCAUGCAGACGACAGAGAAGCGUAGAAGCUUCUGAAGUAGCCCCCAGCAAAUGAGUAAUCACAGUGUUGGACAUCUGUUGCCCGCAUAUGAUAUCUCCUAUCGAUUUUACCGUUAGCAGUAUGGAAAUUUUACCUACGUUUUGAUACCGACACGGACUUUCACAGAUAAGCACCCCAAUGGACAUUCACACUUAAUUAUUCUUUAUCGCCAUGGAUACGUUAAGAUCAUAUUUUAACAAAUUUAAGAAAUUUCCUAGUGUUUCCUCCUCGAGUGGUUCCAUGGAUUUAAAAUCAUCAGAAAAAUUCAUAAGGAAAGGAAGUUUAGGACGAAUGACAAAGAGUCCCAGGUUUAGGUUUAAUUCUGACAACAAAGCUCAUGUUAAGGACGAUAAUCCAACUUCUAAUGGAAAUAUUAACAUAUUUACUGCAGAAACGGAUCCUGUCAUGUUAGAGAAAGGUAGAGUCACAAGUUUAAAAAGGAUGUAUGAGAAAAAGGACAAAUCUCGAGAAAAAACACCUCCCCCAGCUAAACCUCCAAGAAAGGAUCAAAUUUUUAAAGUGGAAUUCGAGAAAACCAAUGGACAAGAUCUUGGAAUUAUUCUAGAUUCUGGAGAUGUUCAGGAUUUGAAUGGAAGUGUGAAUACUUUGGAUAAAGGUUUUCGACAUACUGAAAGUCGUUUAAAAAGUGACAGUUAUGUAGGAUGUUUGAAAGAGGGCAUAACCUUAUAUAAGCCAAAAGCAAAUGUAGUAAAAGUGGUUUUGAUCAAAGAGGGAAGCCUUGCUCAGAAGAAUGGGUCGAUACAGAUCAGUGAUGAAAUCCUGGCAGUGAAUGAAUGGCCUCUGGAGAAUGAAACAAUUAACAAUGCAAGAUUACUUUUGGCGAAUGCUGUGAGAUCAGGUAAAGUGGUGAUGACUUUACGGAGGAGAAAGAAACGUCCUGCUCCUCCACCGCCUGAUUAUCCAGACGACAAGAAUGUUUCUUCUCAUCGCAGUUCCACGCCAACAGCUUCCUCUCGGCUUGAUGGUGGGGCUACCUGUUACUCCACUCCAAUGUCACAUUCCACUGACUGUAUCCCCCAGGAACUCUCUAAGGUAGCAUACAUCAAUGGUCACCAAGGCAACACCCAUAGCAACAAUGGCAGUACUUUUACUUUGAAUUCCAUGUGUGACUCGGCAGAUGAAAUGACUGGGUCUUUGGACGAUGUGUUUUCCGAGGCCGUGGGUGAUUCACUAGUGACAUCAAAACUUCAUCCCAAACUUAUGGCUAAUCAUUGUGAUAAUAAACCUGUAAAUAAUGGUAGAACUCAGACAGAUUAUGUGAAAACAGAUCCUGUGGACAAACUUCGAACACAAAGUACAUCUGCUAUUGAGGAUGUGCUGCAGUGGAAAACUGUCAACAUAGACAUUGCUAAUGACGAGGUAGAUUAUGUAAAUACUGCCGAAAUGGCAAGACGACGUAGGGGUAAGGGAUUGUCUCCCUUGAGUCAGAAUUCCAAUUUUAAAAGUGACAUGUCCAGCUACAAAUCCGAUCCAGAACUGGUAAAUAUCCAUAGAAAUUAUCAAAAGAAAAGUAAGAAAAACUUGUGGCGCUAUCACGAGCGGUCACAAACACCAACCUCGUGCUGCAGCUCCAGGUCAGAUAGCGGAUUCUCAAACUCAUCUCCUGCUGCAGGCAAGAAGAGAGUUGUAACCAAGAUGCACCUCUUGAAGGAUGAGAAUGGUCUAGGAAUCCACAUCGCUGGUGGAAAGGGCUCCAAAAAGGGAGACAUCGGCAUCUUUGUGGCUGGUGUUAUGGAAACAGGGGCUGCAUUUAAGGAUGGUCGAUUAAAGAAAGGUGAUGAGUUACUGAUGAUCAAUGGUAAAUCUCUGAUUGGCUUGACUCACACUGAAGCGGUGGACGUCCUCCGUAAUUCUCCUAAACUGGUACAGCUUGUCGUGGCUACAAAGGUGAGGAAGGCAGCGUCCAUAGCCUCCUCUGUAUCAUGUUCGUACUCCAGUCUCACACCCUGCCAGAAUUCCAUGUUGACUACCAGUCAGUCCUUUGAUGCCGGUUGUGACCCGGCAGACCAAUCUGGUUUUAGUAAUGGUGGUCUUAGUGGUGACAAGGCAGUGCCAGAAUUAACUGCUCAGACACCUCAUGGAACAUUCAUCAAGUGGGAGGAACUCUUUGAGAAGUUCAAAACUGAUGGCCUGUGUUCUGAUAGCUCUGACCAAAAAGAGCUGUUGGAUAAAAAGGUGACUGGUAGAAAGCGAUGGAGGUUCGAGGCACCACAGACAGUGACAAUCAACAAGGGGGUGAGGGGGAAGGGACUCGGCUUCACUAUUGUUGGUGGGAGUGACUCGGAGAAAGGCAAUAUCGGAAUAUUUGUAAGAAGAAUACUACCUCGUGGCCUCAUACAUGAAGAUGGCUCCAUAAAGGAAGGUGAUGAGAUACUGGAGGUGAAUGGGGACUCUUUAUCUGGACUUAGUCACAAAGAUGCCCUUGGCAAAUUUCGUAAGCUAAAGAAGGGUCCAGUAACACUGACGUACCGUCACAGGAUUGGGUCAAGGUCAACAAGUAUCAAUGACCUUUCCAAGAUUGAUGUCGGUCAAUGUGGGAACAACUUUACUGUUUAUGACAAUUCUAGUGGUUAUCUUCUGAAGCCUCCUGGUACUAACAGAAACAAUAAUGAAGACAAGAAAAAAGAUCUCCAUGGUGAUAAAAUCUCAGAAACAUGUACUGACCUGGAUUAUAUCACCCUACACAAAGAGUAUGGGAUAGGACUGGGCGUAUCAUUACUGCGGAGGGACACUAACGGGGUCAGCCAUAUUUACAUCCAGGACAUCGCCCAGGGGUCAGUGGCCGAUAAGGAUGCUCGACUACGGAAAGGAGAUAUGAUAAUGGAGGCAGAGGGGCGAUCAUUACAGGACAUUACCUUACUGGAUGCAUACCAAGUGUUCCGCACCCUCCAAGCCGGGCCAGUCACAUUGGUGAUUAAACGAGGAAACAAGUUCAAGACAAUCACAAUCCACCUCCCUCCAGACAGUACUCGGCAAUUCUCAUCAGACGACGAUGAAAGACUUCGUGAAUCCACACAGAACACUGUUUUUCAACCAUUCAGACCUCAGUCUGAGGAUGGUUGUUGUCGGACCUUAAAACUAUCAUCAGAGGGUAUUUGUUGUGGUACAUUAAUAUCACCAACAGAGGGGACUAUUUGUAGGACAUUAAAAUCACCAACAGAGGGCUCUGGUUGUGGGACAUUAAAAGCUGUAGCAGAGGACACAAUGUGUGGGACAUUAGAGGACACAAGUUGUGGGACAUUAGAGGACACAAGCUGUGGGACAUUAGAGGACACAAGCUGUGGGACAUUAGAGGGCACAAGCUGUGGGACAUUAGAGGGCACAAGUUGUGGGACAUUAGAGGACACAAGUUGUGGGACAUUAGAGGGCUCUGGUUGUAGGACAUUAAACCUACCAUUAGAUGGUGCCAUUUACCAGUCGUGUAAUCCAAAAUCCAUGGACACUUCUUUGAGGAUUUCAAAACUACCAUUGGAAGUGGAACGGCCAUUAAAUCUGGCCGUUUGUCAGCCAGUUGAAUUGAUGCCAAAUCCACCACCACAGUAUCCUGACGAUUUGUCAACCGAACAGUCACUCGGUGAGGAUGAGUUUCUUGUGUGAUCACCAAUUGGCUUGGAUGUCUUUUAUCUGUAUCCUGUACAAAGGAAAUGCUGCAAGUAACAAAAGUAUUGAAAACUUUAAAAAGAACUGGAAAUUUCUUUACAGUAGGAAAGUCACGUUUGAAGAUUUUUGAUGUGUUCAGUUCCUUCAAUUGUUUGAGAAGUGUUAAGGGUGUAUGGUACCUUAUUGCGACAUGACCUCCUUUCCAAAAGAAUUCUGCUGUAAGAAACUGUAUAUUUCAUGAGUUAAUUAUAUGAAUGUGAAUGUUAGUUACUGAUUAAAAAUGUCAUGCAGUUAUUAAUUCUAUUUCAUGUUUAAAGGGAAUAA